UGGACAAUGAGAAGAUUAUCGCAGAAAACAUAAACCUAGAGUGCGAUUCGUGUCAGAAGAAAUGUGACUCAUUUGGGAGUUUGCAACGGCAUUCGUCGACUGAACAUUAUAAACUCGCAUCCGACCAGCUUUCAGUGUAAGAUUUGUCACAGGAAUUUACCCCACACUGAGUCCCUCAAGCGCCACAUGGAUAGUAACCACGCACCGGAAGAAACAAAAACGCUCAAAUGUAGCAUUUGCCCUAAAAUGUUUACGCAUCAGAAAUUUCUAAGAAUUCACGAGCGCUAUCACAAUCGCAAGUGGUCGUGUGACAUUUGCGACAAGAAAUUCAUCUGCGAAGCUCUCCUAAAGCAGCAUCACAAGUCCAUCCAUACAAAGGAGCUGAAUUACGUCUGCCAUGUCUGUGCCAGAACUUUCAGCAUCUACACUUCGUAUCGGUCACAUCUUGAAACCCACAGCGAAACGCCAAAGAAGAAACCGCAGAAACCUCGAGUGCAGUGUUCGGUUUGCAACGCCUGGACGGGCAAGCUGUCCCAGCAUAUGCGGCUACACUCGGGAACCCAAACGUGUGAGAUUUGCGGCACGGAAUGUAAAAAUGCAAUCACCUAUCGGUACCAUAUGAAGAACCACGAGACGGGUGACUUUAUGUGCUCGGUGUGUGACAAAGGCUUCAAGAAAGAAAUCACACUGAAGGAACAUAUGGCAUCGCACACAGGAGUCACUCUGUACAGUUGCGACUUUUGCGAUCGAACGUUCAACUCGAAUGCCAACAAGGCUUCGCAUCGUAAGAAGAUGCAUCCGCAGCAGUGGCUCGAGGACAAGCUGAGGAAAAAGGCGGCCAAGCUGGCACUGUCUGGAACAACCGUUCAAUCGUAGGGUGGCAAAAAAAUUAUCAAAUGCGUGGGACGUAUGGAUAACAAAAUUUUAAAGAUUUUCUUUGGCGAUUGAUGUUAUGAAGAUUCUUUUAAUUGAACACUCUUGGGCUUUCGAUACGUCCCGCUGUUUUGAAUGCUCAAACAGCCGAAAAAUCUUUAACGGCCUUUUAGGACAACGGGAAGCAUCCAAAGCUGAAUAGUUUGGAACUCGAAGACAAGAAUAUAAUAUCUUUCGAUUCACGGGCAAAUCGGCGAUUAAACUUGAUCGCUGCCCUCACUGAUCACUCGAAAAAUUGACGGAUGGAUCCAAACGCCCAUUUCUCGUAGUCAUCACGUCCUUCCAACUUAUCUUGGGAUUGAUGAGACUCGCUGUUUUCCACCAGAAUCCAUUUCCCUUCGGCAUUUGGUUGUACUUCGUUUUCAAUCGAAACACCGUCUUGAGGCUGUAACAU